AUGCUCGAGGAGGAGCGCUUCGACGGCAUGCUGCUGCAGUUCGCGCAGCAGUGCCAGGGCAUCGACCCGCUCCUCGACACGGUCUUCUCCUUCCUGCGGCGGAAGACGGACUUCUUCACGGGCGCCACGGACGACAAGGCGAAGCAGACGGUGCUCAAGAUGCUCGAGAAGCACCAGCUCCUCGCGGACAAGACGAACGUCGAGAAGCGCAAGCGGCGCGACGCCGAGGAGGCCGCCGCCGCGGAGCGCAAGGCCGCGGCGAAGGCGAAGCGCGACGCGAAGAAGGCCGCCGAGGCGAGCGCGGCGCCCGCGGCGCCGGCGCCGGCGCCGCCCAAGGACGUCGUCGAGGUCGGCGCCGGCGGCGCGGACCUCGACGGCGCCGCGCCGUCGAGCGGCGGCGACGCGAAGGACGACGACGACGACGACAAGGAGCCGCCGCCGCCGGGCAACGGCGGCGUCAUGGGCUGGGGCGUCUGGACCCAGCAGCUCGCGGACCUCGAGCUCAAGGUGCCCAUGCCGUCGACGACCAAGUCCCGGGACCUCGUCGUCAAGUUCACCAAGGGCCACAUCACCAUCGGCGUCAAAGGCCAGCCGCCGAUCCUCGACGGCGACCUCCACAAGAAGGUCAUCGUCGACGACUGCUUCUGGACCCUCGAGGACGCGCCGGGCGCCGACGGCGGCAAGGAGGUCGUCGUCGCGCUCCAGAAGGAGGACAAGCAGAGCUGGUGGAAGUGCGUCGUCGUCGGCGACCCGGAGAUCAACACGCAGAAGGUCCAGCCCGAGAACUCGAAGCUCAGCGACCUCGACGGCGAGACGCGCAUGACCGUCGAGAAGAUGAUGUUCGACCAGCGCCAGAAAGCCAUGGGCAAGCCCACGGCCGACGAGCAGGGCAAGCAGGACGUCCUCGAGAAGUUCAUGAAGCAGCACCCGGAGAUGGACUUCUCCAAGGCCAAGUUCUCCUAG